AUGAAAAGCACUUUCUGUAUUCGGCUCAUCUGCACCUCAACCCUCCACUCUUCCAUACAUGUCCUCGUCUCCUCCCCUUUACGUCUGAUGGGUGGAACCAACAUGUGUGGAUCAGAGCUCAAACUACUUUCACUUCUGUUGAGGUGAAAAUAAACGAGAGCAGAAAUGGCGCAGAAAGGAGUUCAACUGGAUCAAGAGGCAUUUUCCUGUUCGAUCUGUUUGGAUCUACUGAAGGAUCCGGUGACUAUUCCCUGUGGACACAGCUACUGUAUGAGCUGUAUUAAAAACCACUGGGAUGAAGAGGAUAUGAAGAACAUCCACAGCUGCCCUCAGUGCAGACAGACCUUCACACCCAGGCCUGUCCUGGUCAAAAACACCAUGUUGUCAGUUUUAGUGGAACAGCUGAAGAAGACUGGACUUGAACCUGCAGCUGCUGACCACCACUACGCUGGAGCUGAAGAUGUGGUCUGUGAUGUGUGCACUGGGAGGAAACUGAAAGCUGUCAAGUCCUGUCUGGUGUGUUUGGUCUCCUACUGCCACCAACACCUUCAGCCUCAUUAUGAAUCUGCUGCCUUUAAGAAGCACAAGCUGGUGGAUCCAUCAGAGAAGCUCCAGGAGAACGUCUGCUCUCGUCAUGAUGAGGUGAUGAAGAUGUUCUGCCGCACUGAUCAUCAGUGUAUCUGUUAUCUGUGCUCUGUGGAUGAACAUAAAGGCCAUGACACAGUCUCAUCUGCAGCAGAAAGGACUGAGAGGCAGACAGAGCUGGAGGUGAGUCGACAGAAAAUCCAGCAGAGAAUCAAAGACAAACAGGAAGAUGUGAAGGUGCUUCAACAGGAGGUGGAGACCAUCAGACGCUCUGCUGAUGAAGCAGUGGAGAAGAACGACAAGAUCUUCACUAAGCUGAUUCGACUGAUGGAGGAAAGAAGGCGUGAUGUGGAGAAGCAGAUCAGAUCCAAGGAGGAAACUGAAGUGAUUCGAGUUAAAGAGCUGGAGUCGAAGCUGGAGCAGGAGAUCACUGAGCUGAGGAGGAAAGAUGCUGAGAUGGACAAACUGUCACACACACACGACCACAACCAGUUUUUACUCCAGUAUCCAUCAGUGUCCAAACUCAGAGAAGAUCCAGACUCAUCUAGCAUCAAAACAUGUCCUGGUCAGCUCUCCUGUCCCAGGUCCAUUUCCCUCCAGAAUCGGAGUGUACCUGGAUCACACAGCAGGUAUUCUGUCCUUCUACAGCGUCUCUGAAACUAUGACUCUGAUCCACAGAGUCCAGACCACAUUCACUCGGCCUCUGUACGCUGGACUUCGGCUUCUGGGUUAUAGAGACACUGCACACUUCUCUGAACUCUAGUAAACUUUGAGUCACCAGUCGAUCAGGUCCAUCUUUGUUUCUCUGCCUUUGUCUUUGUGGCUGUUAAAGUGUCUGCAGGACAGAAGAUGUUUCUAAAGGAAAACCAAACACUGUCUUCCAUCUGCAGGAUUCACUGAGCUGUCAUUAUCUGAGGAGCAUUUCCAUAUUUCUUAAAGCAAACAUUCUUGUAGUUGGUCAUCUUUCAAAGUCGUGUAUUUGAAGUCAUGCAAAGUAUAUAUGACUUCAAACAUAUAGAAUAAAUCUUUGUCAAGACAAUGUCAUUUUAGUUUCCUUAUUUCUCAACAUAAAAUCCUAAAAAAAAAAAAAAAAAACAUCACAGGGGAAUAAUUGUUAUUACUGUAUUACUUAUAAUACUUCAGUCUACCAUAUGUUACAAGCUAAUUAUAUUGACUAUAUGUAAAAUUAAAGGCAAAAAAGGUUUCACUGUUAAUGUCUAUUUUGCACGUUAAUAGUUUUUAGAAGUUAAAUGAUGAGUUAAUGUUUGUCAUGUUUGACCAAAAUGUGCAACAUAUGAACUGUAAGUAAGUAAUAGAGGUAAUUCAGAGGUCUCUUAUUCUAACCUGGUACAUUUUCAUGCAGAUUAUAGUAAAACAAUUUAUAGAUUUCUCCUCCGCUCAGUUAAUCAAAAAAUAUGAUUUUCUUUUAAGAAUAUAUAUAUUUGGUUUUUUUUCUUCGUGUACUGUACAGACAUGUAUGCCUCUUUAUUGUGUCUCUGCGUAAGUGACUGUACUCCAGGACUGCACUUGAUUAACAGAA